AUGGCGAAGAAGAAGAAGAAGGCCGACGCGCCGAAACAGGGCCAGCCGCGCUUCGCCUCUCUGAAAAUUGUGGUGAUAGGCGCCGCGAAGCCGCAAAGAGCUCUGUGGGAGACGAAGGUCGGGACCGCGUCGUUUGUAGCACUGCAAAGGGGCCAGUGCAUGCAAGGGGCGCUGGAAGCUCAUACAGAUGCAUCUUAUGUGAUCAGCUGCGUGGGCCCGGACCCGCCGCUCGCGUUUCGCGUGCAUCAAGACUGUCCGAGGGCAUCACUCGUGCACGAGGCCUGGCUCGCGUCGUCCCUGGCGAACGGCGCCCAGGGCCCCCUCGCCUCGAUCCAAGAUCAUGAGUGGGCCGUGCCGGACUCGCAGGAGCUCGCGUGUUCAGUGGAGACGCCGAUGUCCCAGGACGAAGAACAGCGGUUUUGUGUACUGUUGAUGGUCGAUCGGGGUGAUAGCGAUGCGGUCGAGUACCGAAGGGUUGUCGGAGACGCCUGCGCCGAAGAAGUGAGAGAACAGUGCCGCUUCCCCGAGGAGCACCUCCAUAUUACAUUAGCUGAAGGUAGAUGUACGGGACGCGAGGCCUCACAAAUUAGAUUAAGGUCGUCCGUACCAACAUUAUCGCGCAUCCAGUACGGUCCGCCGAAGCCCUGGGACCGCUGCCUCGCGCUCGGGUUUGGAAUGGAAGAGGCGGCGCCGUUAUACGACCUGGCCUGCGACCUCGAGAUGCCAUCCACCGUCAAGCUCAAGAACAGCAAGCAGUACCACGUCUCGUUAUAUCGCGCGAACGGGCGGGGCGACGACCUCGCGCAGGAGACGGGCAAGAUGAAGGCCGCGGGCCGCGAGUUCGGGGGCCACGGCUCGUGUCGAGCGCGGUCGGUCGUCGUCAAGGUCGUCGCCGCGCCCUACGAGUCCGCGCGCGUCGUCGCGGACAUACCUUCCCGGCAACCUCUGCGCGACGUGCGCGUCGCCUUUAUUGGAGACGUAUCCGAUUCCAUACGAAACGAGGUCGCCGACGCCGGCGCUUCCAUUAUUGACAAGGUCGAGAGCGCGGAGUUUGUUGUGUGUGGCGAUCUGAGUUCAGACGGCGCCAUGGUCAUCGAAAAGACGGCGGCCUUCCGCGCGGCGACCGCCGCGGGACGACGGAUGCUAGAUGAGGCCGCCAUGCGCGCGGAGAUCAGGACCAGGGACAUCCCCGUCGUGACGCACACGGCCCCUCCACCUCCCGAGUUCGAGCUCGUCGACCCCGACGCUCCCAGCGAUGAUUCGCGGUGGCCGCUCACGCAAGACGAGGCCCUCGGUAUCGCACUACAGGACCCGUGGCGCGCUUCCUCAGACGGCCAGCUCAUGGGUUGUCAAUUCCACGGGGCGCCUCGACAGGCGACCGUGACCUACGGUUUUGAUUUUGACGGGACGUUGUCAGUAAGGACGCACGGUUCCAAGCACGUCGCCCACGUCGAGCGCUACGCGCACCAGGUCGAGGUGCUAAGGCGCCUCCACGACUCCGGCGCCGCUUUAUAUAUAGCGACGAACGAAUCAAUAGCACAUACGGCGAACUGGCAAGCGGAGAAGCGCGCCGCGCAUUUAGGCGCCAAGCUGCGGCGGCUCGAGGCCUUCGCCGAAUCGCUAGGUGAGGACAUUCCUUUGUUGGUUGUGAUCGCUUUAACAAAUAAAGAAGGCGACUGCCAUAAAAGAGGCCCAAACGCGCCGACGGGCAUGUGGCGCGCGGUCCAAAAGGCGCUCGGUGUUACAGGUGAAGCCCACACGUACGUCGGCGACCUCGGCGGCGGCGGCGGCAGGGAGCGCGACGACCGGCGCUUCGCCGAGGCGAACGGCCUCGCGUUUCACACCGAGGUCGAGUUCUUCGAAGGGCGGCACCCUGCUUCUGGGAUGGAGGAGUCGCCGGCCUUUGAGCCUGUCGCAGUGCCGGCGCCGGCGCCCGCGGACUUCCCCGCGCCCGCGCCGCGCGUGGCCUCGGAUCAAGUCGAGUUCGGCCUCGACUACGUUGACACGCAGACGCAGGACGAGCUCGCGCCGCCGCGCGACUUCCCGGCGCCCGAGCCUCAGCUGCCGCCCUUCGAGCUCGUGCCCGUCGACUCGCAGACGCAAAACGAGGCCGCUCCACCGCCGGACGAGUUCCCGGCGCCGGAGCCGCGGACUCCGAGCGCGGAGCUGCCGCCCUUCGAGGUCGUCGCCCUGGACUCGCAGACGCAGGGCGAGGACGCGUUUCCGGCGCCGGAGCCGCGCGCGCCCUUCGAUUGGACGCAGCAGGACGAGGCGGCCCCGGCGCCGGCGCCGUGGCCCGCGGAGACGUACCCGGAGACGUACACGGACGAGGACCCCUUCGCGGACAUCGAGGACCCGCGCCUCCGCGCGCUCCUCGAGCGCCAGGCGGCGGAGCUGCCGCGGAUCGUGGAGGAGCUCGAGGCCCACGGCGAGAAGCGGUCCCACUGGGCCUGGUGGGCCUUCCCGACGGAACUCUGCGGCGCGAGCGAGCCGCCGCCCGAGACGUGCGUCACGGAGGAGCUCGCGCCGGUGCUGCUCGAGCGCGGGCCGCUGGGCAUGUGGCGCCGCGCCCUCGAGCUCGUCUGCGACCGGUCCGAGGCGCGCGGCGACCUCGUGCUACCGAGCAUCGACCACGGCCGCGUCGUCUUCUUCGUGGCGUUCUGGGAGCGGCUCGCCUGCACGCCGGCCUGGUUCCGCGACGUACUCACGCGGCUCGACGCGCUCCUGCCCGUGGCCCAGCGGCGCCGGCUCGCUAAACAGAGGGCCGUGCGCCGCGCGGCGGCGCCCGCACCGGCGCCGCCGCCAGCACCCGCAGCGCCGGCGCCCGCACCCGCAGCGCUGGCGCCGCCGCCCGAGCCCGAGCCCGCUGUAGCGCCGGCGCCGGCGCCGCCCGACGUCAUCGCGGUCGACGAGACCCAGCCCGAGGCGCCCGCGCCGAAGCGACGUAAAAAGAAGCGCGACAUCCUCUCGGACUCGUCAGAUGAUGAUGAAGAUGCGGUCGCCUUCCCGGCCUACGCGUUCCCCGGCGUGCCGCCGCGAUCACAUGACUGGAAGCGCGCGCUGCGGCCGCCGCACGCGAGCCUCGCCUACGCCUCGAGUCGCGACGGCCGUUUAGUCUACGACGGCUACCCGAAGGCGCGGCGGCACCUGCUCGGGCUCGCGGCGCCCGGGACGGCUCUAAGUCGUGUGGCGAGCGUCCGCGACCUCCGCCGCGAGCACCUGCCCGCUCUCCAAAAGUUGCACGCGUUCUGCCGCGCGGCGGCGGAAGCGCUGGGGACGCCCUGCCGCGUCGGCUACCACGCGCGGCCGUCGCUCGAGCCCCUCCACGUCCACGUCAUUUCCGUCGACCUCGACUCGGAAUUCAUCAAGCAAAAGAAGCACUUCCUCUCGUUCGCGACGGACCGCUUCGUCGACGCGUCGGUCGUGGAACGGGCGAUUGAGAACGGCGCGCUCGCGGACGCGCUGAGAGGCUCCAACGACGAGGCGCUCGCGUGCCACCGCUGCGGUAGUUCGGAGCGCAACCUGCCGGCGCUCAGGCGGCACCUCGCGGUCUGCGCAGCGCCGCCGCCGGCGGCCUGGGACGUGGUCGGUCGGCAGCCCGCGCCGGCUCCGUCGCCGCAGCCUACCAAGCCUUCGCCGCGGCCAGACGACGACGACGACGACGAGUGGUUAGAGAGGGCGCCGGCGUCGCGGCCAACGCCCAAGCCCGCGGGGAAGCGCCCCCGGGACGACGAGGACGACGACGACGACGACGACGACAACGGCUGGCCGACGCCGUCUCGGGCGGCGAACCGCGUCACGACGUCGGGACGGCGAGCGCCGGCGGCGGCCGAGAUCAUCGUGCUGGACGAGACGCAGGACGACGCGGCCAUGGCGCCCGCGCCCGAGGCCGACGGCACCGCCUCCGUCGUGACGGAGGAGAGCGGCCGCGCGCCGCGGCGGGCCCCGGCGCCGAAGCCGGCGCCCGCGCCGCCCGCAUCCGUCCGCGAGCACUUCUCGCCGAAGCCGGCGCCCCGCGAGCCCUUCUUCUCGCCGGCGCCGAUACCGGCGCCGGAGCCGACGAGGUUCUCGCUCGCCGAGCGCGCGCCGCCGGCGUCGCCCACCGGCGCCGAGCUCGCCGCCAUGUUUCCCGCCGAGGGCGACACGGUUGAGAUCAUCUGGCAGAAGGACACGACCCUCGAGGUCGACGGCGCCGGCGACCGCUGCAUCGUGGCGUCGCUCCGCGGCCCGUUCCCGGACAAGAAGAAAAAGCGCCGGUCGUCGACCUCGCUUCCGGCGUACCACGUCUACGCCGAGCUGCGGUCGCUCGUGCGCCUCGCCGGCGACCAGGAGAACGCCUUCGAGCGCGUGGAUGAGACGGACCGGCGGCCCAAGCACGUCCAUCCCAAAUACAAGCUCUCGCUGCACGCGCGGGGGACGGUGUGGCGGCGCGUCGACGUCGACGCCGAGGGGGAGGAUUCCUAA